CAAAAUGGAUCUUUCUUGGUGUAUCAUGUGUGAUUGUCGCUGUAUUGAAGACAAUUUAUAUUGUUCGGAAUCUUGUCGUAUUAAAGACAUUAACAAUCAAGCAUAUACCACUACUAUUGCUUCAUCAGUAAAUAAUAGUCCAGUCUCUACUCCACCCUCAUCGCCUUUGUUAGACCCUUUCUUGUCUUGUUUUAAUCAUGAAAAGCGUACUUCUAUUACAAUAAGCAAAUCUAUUCGUUCUCUUCAGGGGUCAUCCUUUGAACUUUUCUAACCUAUGCUUAUUUUAUCUCUGUGUGUAUAUAUAUCCCUUCAACUCAACUUAAACAAACAAACGAAAAAAAAAGAAGAAAAACUCAAUAUACCCCCCUCUUUUCAUACAUGUAUAAAUAUAAAAAAAAACGACGACAACGACGACUUAUUAUAUUACAACAAAUCAUACAAAAACCAAAAAAAAAAUGCAUUAACUUUUUCUUUUUGCAUUUUCAAAGCCUAUAUUAAUAUUUAUUUAUUUAUUUUUUUUUGGAUAUUUAUAUACACAUGCUUUUUUAUAUACUUUUCUCCCCUAACAUCACAUCAUGAUUGCUGCUUAUAAACUCUUUUCAAAAUUGGCUUUAUUCAUAGAAAAAAAAAAGAUAUGUAUACUGUUGAUGAGUUUCGGUUAAAAAGAGUAAAUGAACAUAAUAGAAACGGAAGUCUUCGGC